GAAUCUGCUCCUCCGCUCUGCGCGCUAUAAAUACUCCUCGGUCUCCGUCACUCACUCUUCUUCUCUCUCUCUCUCUCUCUCAUCCCUUAUGACUGCUCGGAAACAGCUGCGGAUAGCUUCUCCACUGUCAGAACUCCUCCCUUGGUGAAGCUCGCUGCAAUGGAGCUCGUCGGCGCCGCAGUGAGGUUCUUCUGGCUCGUCUCUCUGUUCCAGGUUUUACUAGCGGUAUCGGCUGUCGGUACAGAGAGGUCAAAUACACGGUUCCUUCUGACAGCAAAUGGCACUGCAAGGGAACGGCACUCCGAAGAAUAUUGUGCUAUGUAUGACAUUUGCGGAGCUCGGUCAGAUGGAAAAGUAUUGAAUUGCCCUUAUGGUACCCCAUCUGUGAAGCCGGAUGAUUUGCUUUCAUCGAAGAUACAAAGUUUGUGUCCCACAAUUACUGGCAACGUCUGUUGUACAGAAGCUCAGUUUGACACCUUAAGGACACAGGUUCAACAAGCGAUUCCUUUUCUUGUUGGCUGCCCAGCUUGCUUGAGGAACUUUUUGAAUCUUUUCUGUGAACUGACUUGCUCUCCAAAUCAGAGUCUAUUUAUCAACGUCACUUCAGUCUCCAAGGUUAAAAACAAUAUGACCGUAGAUGGAAUUGAUUAUUAUAUAACUGACGAAUUUGGUCAAGGGUUAUAUGACUCCUGCAAGGAUGUGAAGUUCGGCACCAUGAAUACUCGAGCUCUGGAGUUUAUUGGUGCUGGUGCCCAAAAUUUUAGAGAGUGGUUUGCUUUUAUUGGACGGCGUGCUGCUCUUACUGUUCCUGGAUCACCUUAUGCUAUUAAUUUCCUGCCAAAUGCAACAGAGACAUCUGGAAUGAGACCAAUGAAUGUAUCUACUUAUUCAUGCGGUGAUACUUCGCUUGGUUGUUCUUGUGGAGAUUGCCCCUCCUCUACUGUCUGCUCCAAUAUAGCUCCUCCUCAGCAGCAUAAAGAGGAAUCAUGUUCAGUGAGGCUUGGGUCCAUUAAGGCCAAAUGUGUUGAUGUUUCUUUGGCAAUCUUGUACGUCAUCUUGGUCUCUCUGUUUUUUGGCUGGGGAAUUUUUCAUCGAAAAAGAGAAAGGAAUGCCGCUCAAAGGAAACCACUGUCAAAUAGAAAUGAUGGCAACCAACUUCACGGCAUGGAGAGUCAAAAGAAUGAGGAUCUUCCCAUGGAGACUUUGAUUCAUUUUCAGAUGCUUGAGGAAGCUCCUCACAUCAGAAAUGGAGUUCAACUUUCAAUUGUUCAAGGAUACCUGUCAAAGUUUUACAGGGGAUACGGAACAUGGGUUGCAAGAAAUCCUACCCUCGUGCUGUUUGCAUCUCUAUCUGCAGUCCUUGUACUUUGUCUAGGUUUGAUUCGUUUCAAGGUGGAGACGAGGCCUGAGAAGCUAUGGGUAGGGCCUGGUAGCAGGGCUGCUUCUGAGAAACAAUUCUUUGAUAGUCACUUGGCUCCCUUCUACAGAAUUGAACAGCUCAUCUUAGCAACAGUUCCAGGACCCGAGCAUGAGAAGUCACCAAGUAUCCUGACUGAUGACAGUAUUAAGCUACUCUUUGAAAUACAAAAGAAGGUUGAUGGUAUUCGGGCCAAUUAUUCUGGGUCCGUGAUAUCUUUGACAGAUAUUUGCAUGAAGCCUCUAGGUCAAGACUGUGCUACUCAAUCUGUUCUACAGUAUUUCAAGAUGGAUCCAAAAAAUUAUGAUAAUUACGGAGGAGUUGAUCAUGUGAGCUACUGUUUUCAGCAUUUUACAUCUGCAGAUGCAUGCAUGAGCGCAUUCAAAGCCCCCCUUGAUCCAAGCACUGCACUUGGUGGCUUUUCGGGGAGCAAUUAUUCGGAGGCUUCUGCAUUUAUUGUAACUUAUCCAGUGAACAACGCACUCAACAAGGAAGGGAAUGAAACUGGAAAAGCAUUGGCAUGGGAGAAGGCCUUCAUCCAAUUAGCAGAGGAUGAAUUGUUGCCAAUGGUUCAGGCAAGAAAUUUGACGCUUUCCUUUUCAUCUGAAAGCUCCAUCGAAGAGGAAUUGAAAAGAGAGAGUACUGCUGAUGCCAUAACUAUAUUGAUAAGCUACCUUGUGAUGUUUGGGUACAUAUCUCUGACUCUAGGCGACACACCUCGGUUGUCGUCCUUUUACAUAUCCUCAAAGGUUUUGCUAGGUCUUUCGGGCGUUAUACUUGUGAUGCUCUCCGUCCUUGGAUCAGUAGGAUUUUUCAGUAUCAUUGGGGUGAAGUCUACACUCAUUAUCAUGGAAGUUAUACCCUUCCUGGUUCUUGCAGUAGGGGUGGAUAACAUGUGCAUAUUAGUCCAUGCAGUCAAGCGGCAGCCACUGGAACUGCCAUUAGAAGGACGAAUUAGUAAUGCACUCGUGGAGGUCGGGCCUUCCAUAACACUUGCUAGUCUAUCUGAGGUGUUAGCAUUUGCAGUUGGGAGUUUUAUUCCUAUGCCAGCUUGUCGCGUAUUCUCCAUGUUCGCAGCUUUGGCUGUUCUUCUGGACUUCCUUCUGCAAGUUACAGCUUUUGUUGCUUUAAUAGUUUUUGACUUUCUGAGAGCUGAAGAUAAGAGGGUUGAUUGUUUCCCUUGCAUAAAGGUCUCUUCGACAUAUCCCGAGUCUGAUAAAGGAAAUGGACGGAGAAAACUUGGAUUGCUGGCUAGAUACAUGAAGGAAGUCCAUGCUCCAGUUCUCAGCCUUUGGGGAGUGAAGUUAGUUGUCAUUUCAGCAUUUGCGGCUUUCUCAGUGGUUUGUGUUGCGUUGUGCACCAGGAUUGAACCUGGUCUAGAACAGAAGAUUGUCCUUCCUCGAGAUUCAUAUUUGCAGGGAUAUUUCAAUAAUGUCUCUGAAUAUCUCAGAAUUGGUCCUCCUCUAUAUUUUGUUGUGAAGAACUAUAAUUACAGCUCAGAGUCAAGGCAGACGAAUCAGCUUUGCUCCAUCAGCCAAUGUGAUACAGACUCACUUUUAAAUGAGAUUUCAAGAGCAUCCUUAGAACCGAAAUCAAGCUAUAUUGCAAAGCCAGCUGCUUCAUGGCUUGAUGAUUUCCUUGUAUGGAUAUCUCCAGAAGCUUUUGGUUGCUGUCGUAAGUUCACAAAUGGGACCUAUUGUCCCCCCGACGAUCAGCCUCCUUGCUGCCCCGCGGGACAAAGUUCCUGUAGCCUGGGUGGACCAUGCAAAGAUUGUACCACGUGCUUCCUUCACUCGGAUCUGCAAAAUGACCGUCCAUCAACAUCACAAUUCAGGGAGAAACUCCCUUGGUUUCUCGCUGCGCUACCCUCUGCUGACUGUGCUAAAGGAGGCCAUGGGGCUUACACUGACAGUGUGGAUUUGCAAGGCUAUGAAAGUGGUGUAAUCCAAGCAUCUUCUUUUCGAACAUACCACACCCCCCUCAAUAAGCAGGUUGACUAUGUCAAUUCUCUGAGGGCAGCUCGGGACUUCUGUUCAAAAGUUUCCAAGUCUUUGAAGAUGGAGAUUUUCCCGUAUUCUGUAUUUUACAUGUUUUUUGAGCAGUACCUAGAUAUAUGGAAGACAGCAUUGAUUAACCUUGCAAUAGCUAUCGGUGCAGUAUUUGUUGUAUGUUUGGUCAUCACAUGCAGUUUAUGGUCCUCAGCAAUCAUUAUGCUAGUUUUGACAAUGAUCGUUGUGGAUCUUUUGGGCGUGAUGGCUAUUUUGGGAAUACAGUUGAACGCUGUCUCUGUUGUUAACCUCGUGAUGGCAGUAGGCAUUGCUGUUGAGUUCUGUGUUCAUAUAACACAUGCUUUCUCGGUAAGCGGGGGAGACAGAGACCAACGCAUGAAGGAGGCUCUCAGUACUAUGGGGGCUUCUGUGUUCAGCGGAAUCACAUUGACGAAGCUCGUUGGAGUCCUCGUACUAUGCUUCUCAAGGACUGAAGUGUUUGUGGUUUACUACUUCCAGAUGUACCUCGCUCUGGUCCUUCUUGGCUUUCUGCACGGGCUCGUUUUCCUACCUGUUGUGUUGAGUAUAUUCGGACCCCCUUCAAGGUGCGUGGUCUUGGACAAGCAAGAAGGCCGCCCGUCCAUUCAAUCCUUAUUCCAGUCCCGAUUCGCUCAGCAGGAUGUGAGGGGAUUCUAGAUUUUGGCUUGCAUUCUUAAUUCUUUUGGUACCCACAAUACCGGGUUUCUACUUGUAUCACCAGUCUAGGAAUCUCUGGAUCGCAAAAUGUAAAUUAUACAUAGUGGAAACAGUCGCCUUUUACUGAUUAGAAAGGAAGCAUUGAUGUGACCAACAGCUGCGAUUGCAUUGCUUCUGGAUAGAUGUUAUUCAUUCCAACAAUUUAGCUCACGCUUCAGUCAGGCCGACUCUGGUGGGCGCGUCCGUUUUUCCUCUGGUGGCAAAGCUCUGCGAUAACCUUGCCCGUGUUGGAAAGGAUAUGCCACGCCUGUGUUAGAAAGGAUAUGCCAUGCUGAUCCCCGCAAGAUUGUGUUACAAAACUUUCUUACAUAUGGUGGAGAAUGAUACGGACAAUAAAAUUAUUACAUUGAUAGCGC